AUGGGGAUGGAUGAUUUUCGCAUUGUUGGAAUCUGGGGAAUGGGCGGUAUCGGCAAGUCAACCAUCGCUAGAGCUGUUUAUGACAAAAUCAGUCCUCAAUUUGAACAUAAGUGCUUUCUUGAUAAUGUGAAGGAGGGUUUCCUCGCAAAAAAUGGUGCAGUACAAAUGGUUGAAGAACUUUUAUCUAGAAUUUUGAAGGUAAAAGAUGGACGCACUUUGGUUGGAGGCCUGAAUAUUAUAAGGGAAAGACUAGGUAAGAAAAAAAUUAUUCUUGUUCUUGAUGAUGUGGACAAUCUAGACCAAAUUGAAACCUUGAUUGGAAAGAAACCUUCAUUUGGUGGUGGGAGUAGAAUCAUUAUAACCACUAGAGAUAAAAAAUUACUAGCUGGAUUUUUGAUAUACAAGCCCAAGUUAUUCACUACUGAAAAAGCUCUUGAACUCUUUAGCCAGUAUGCUUUCAGAACAAACAAAAACUCAGUGUGUUACAAUGCUAUCUCAAGACGUGCUGUAGAAUAUGCGCAUGGUCUUCCUUUAGCACUCAAAGUCUUGGGAGCUUUGCUUGAUAACAGAACUAUACAGGAGUGGGAAUAUGAGUUGGAGAAGAUAAAGAAAAACCCAAUCACGUUUCUUGAUAAUAACAUUGGACGUGUGCUUUGGGCAAGCUAUGAUGGAUUGGAUGAAUAUCAGAAGAACAUAUUUCUAGAUAUUGCAUGUUUCUUUAAGACGAAGCACAAAGAUUUUGUAACAAAGUUUCAUGAAAGUUGUGGCUUUUUCCCUCAUAAUGGACUAAGAGUUUUGGUAGAAAGAUCUCUUGUAACUGUCUCAAUUUGUGGUGAACUAGAGAUGCAUGAUUUGAUACAGGAAGUGGGCAAGGACAUCGUCCACCGAGAAUCUACUAAGGAUCCGGGAAGGUGUAGUAGAUUAUGGGGUUAUGAAAAUGUUCUCCAAGUGUUAGCUCAAAAUACGGUUACGGAAGCAGUUGAAGGCAUAAUCCUAGACUUAACAAAGUUAAAAGAGGUAUACGUAAAUGAUGAAGCUUUUGUUAGCAUGAGGAGACUAAGGCUACUCCAGCUUUCUGAAAAUUAUCAUAAAGAUGGAUAUGUUUAUGGAAGUGCAUGGAUGCGAGGAGCAGAUUAUGAACCCUGUGUACAAUACGUGAGUAAGAACUUAAAGUUUCUUUUGAAUGAGUUGAGAGUUCUUGUGUGGCAUGGAUACCCACUAAAGUCUUUACCAAUUGACUUUCUACCAAAAAAUCUUAUUUACGUUGACAUGUGUUAUAGUCAUAUCGAACAACUAUGGGAAGAAACUAAGCCUUUGCAAAACUUGACAUACAUCAAUUUAAGUGGCUCAAAGUAUCUAAUCAAAACCCCCGACUUCACUGAGGCAACAAAUCUCGAGAAAUUGAAUCUUGCGGACUGUACAAGUUUAUUGGAGGUUCACCCAUCCAUUUCAGCUCUUAAAAGCCUAGUUGAGUUGUACCUAGACGGCUGCUCAAAUCUCAAGAAUCUUCCGAGCAGCAUUCACAUGAAAUCUCUGGAAUAUGUUUGUCUAUCUGGCUGCUCGAAACUUACGGAGUUUCCAGAGAUUUCAGAAGUAAUGAAGGUGCUAAGGGUGCUUAGAUUAGACGGGACAGCAAUUAAAGAACUACCCUCAUCUAUUAAUAACCUUACUGGGCUUGAGGAGUUGAGUAUGAGAAACUGCAGAAGCCUUGUCUGUCUUCCCGACAAUAUCUGCAAUUUGGCAUGCCUUCAUUAUCUCAAUCUGACUGAGUGCUCUAACCUUUCAAAGUUGCCUGAGAACUUUGGGAAUUUGACAUUCUUGGGUAGAAAGGAGAAAUAUGCGAAACAAGAAUUUGGAAAGUUUACCUGCAGCAAUGAAUCGCUUGGGUUGUUUAGAACGGCUCUAUCUGGAAGGUUGCAAGAGACUGAAAUCAAUACCAGAGCUUUCAUCAAGUAUAUUAGAAAUAAAGGCCGAGAAUUGCACAUCUUUGGAGACAGUUUCAACACCACAGCUUCCGUGUGGUGA